UAGCGGCCCCGGGCCCAGGCGCGAUGGUGCAGCAGCGGGGCGCGAGGGCCAAGCGGGACGGCGGGCCGCCGCCCCCGGGGCCCGGGCAGGCCGAGGAGGGGGCGCGCGAGCCCGGCUGGUGCAAGACCCCGAGCGGCCACAUCAAGAGGCCGAUGAACGCGUUCAUGGUGUGGUCGCAGCACGAACGGCGGAAGAUCAUGGACCAGUGGCCCGACAUGCACAACGCCGAGAUCUCCAAGCGCCUGGGCCGCCGCUGGCAGCUGCUGCAGGACUCGGAGAAGAUCCCGUUCGUGCGGGAGGCGGAGCGGCUGCGCCUCAAGCACAUGGCGGAUUACCCGGACUAUAAGUACCGGCCGCGCAAAAAGAGCAAGGGGGCGCCCGCCAAGGCGCGGCCCCGCCCCCCCGGUGGCGGCGGUGGCGGCGGCCGGCUCAAGCCCGGGCCGCAGCUGGCCGGCCGCGGGGGCCGCCGAGCGGCUGGAGGGCCUUUGGGGGGCGGGGCGGCAGCGCCCGAGGACGACGAAGACGACGACGACGAGGAGCUGCUGGAAGUGCGCCUGGUAGAGACCCCGGGGCGCGAGCUGUGGAGGAUGGUCCCGGCGGGACGGGCGGCCCGAGGACAAGCGGAACGCGCCCAAGGGCCGUCGGGCGAGGGGGCGGCCGCCACCGCCGCUUCCCCGACACCGUCGGAGGAUGAGGAGCCGGAGGAAGAAGAGGAGGAGGCGGCAGCGGCUGAGGAAGGCGAAGAGGAGACAGUGGCGUCGGGGGAGGAGCCGCUGGGCUUUCUAUCCAGGAUGCCCCCUGGCCCGGCCGGCCUAGACUGCAGCGCCCUGGAUCGCGACCCGGACCUGCCGCCUCCCUCGGGCACGUCGCACUUCGAGUUCCCGGACUACUGCACCCCCGAGGUUACUGAGAUGAUCGCGGGGGACUGGCGCCCGUCUAGCAUCGCCGACCUGGUUUUCACCUACUGAGCCCACCGUCAGCGGGGCGCGCACGCCCCCAAACCAGCUGUUUACAUACAGGAAUCAGGUAUUGGGGCCCCUCGGAGGCCGAGGCUGGCACCCCAUCUCCCGCGCAGCCUCCCCCUUCCUGGACGUGCCCAUCCCCCCUCAGAUCCAGACAUGCCCCUCCCCCGCAGACACACCCCAAGGCAGCCCAACCCCCACCCCUUCCCUGACAUCCAAGCCCCUCCCCACGUUGCCCCCUCCCGCACAGCCACCAGCAGCCAGCCCCCUCCGAUACACCUCCCGUCCUCUCCUACAGACCUGCACCCCUCCCCCCCUUUGCACACGCCCCUCCUCGUGGCCGGAGGACCCGCCCCCUCUCUUGCUCCAGAUCCCUCCUCCCUCGCCCAGCCUGCCCGCUCCGGGUUAGGGGGGUGAUGCGGCUGGGUGGCAACGCGCGCUCCUCCUGUGCCCCUCCCUUCCCUGGGGGGAGGGGCGCGCUCCUUUUAUCCCCGGAGCGCUAGGGCCCGCCCCUCCGCUGGGACCCACCCCCUUCUUGCGCAUGCUUAAUGCUUCUUGGGAGGAGGGGGCUGGUCCCAGUCUAGCCGCCCUCAUCGCCGGCUCCCGGCAGAAGCGGGGGCGAGUGUAGAGCGAUCCUGGGAAAUCCUUUGAUCCCGGAGCCCUGGGUUUCCUCUCCACCCAACGGGGCGUCGCUGCCUUAAUGGGAGGAACACUUGGAAGGGUUGGUUUGGGCCUGAAACUCCCAAGUGGCAUAGCCCCUUUUCCCGUAUGGGGUCUCCUACACCCACGCGGACCACCUCUCCGAACGCGUGGCUGCCUCUACAGUCUUAUCUAUAUGUCCCUUUCUUUCCUCAACUGGGAAUUGGGAGGUAAGGUCUUGCUCUGGAAAUCCAACAUUAGAGGAAGGGACCACCCAAGAAAACUCAAAACCAAGACACCUAACAGUCUGUUUGGGGGCAGGAUCCCUGCUGCUCCUCCGCCACCCCCUCCUGGGAAGUGCCCUCUCACCUCAGGGCACCCGAAACCUGGGCUCCUCCCUAAGCCCACCGACCCUUCCUGUCACCCAGGUCCACCCUCAGUACCCACAGCUGCAGUAUUCAGCGGGAAAAACUGAGGCACUUUGGUGCUAGGGGUUUGGGACUGAGGCGUGGAUAGCAGACGUGAUGGCAGGAAGAGUUCCACUUUUAGACAUCUGGCUUGAAAGAGACCAUCGACUUGGCCAGUGAGACUGAGAAUGGAUUGCGAGUAGAGAUGGGCCGUUUGCACCUCGGUUUUUCCACGUGAGAAAUGGGGAAAACGCUGCUGUUAGGAGGAAGUUGUGUCCAGUUCAGGGUGCCCUCGGGAGCCCUGCCCCUGAUGCUGUGACCCCUCUCACGCCGACAUCUCUCCGCUCAGCCCCGCCCCGACCCUCCGGUCUCCCCACACCCCCCCUUGCCCUCACUACCUGUAUCUCACCGGCGUGUGUUCACCCUCCGGGUGGCUCACACACUCUCAUUCACACACACAAAUCUCAGGAACAAACGGUCCCAGAGUCCUCCGGGACCCCUGCCCAGGGUCUCUACAGGUCUCUGCCCCACGCGUUCCCGUCGCUGACAAAGCCACCAGCUGCCUCCUUCAAGCUUGGUGCUCCGGCUCUGGGCCUUUCUUGCGCUCUCUUUUUUUAAGAAAAACUACAACAAAAAAAGACAAUGAAAAAAAAAAAGACGUCAUGUGAGUGAAGAGAUGUCACUGUCUGUGGUCUUGGAGAACUAGUCUCGUAGCUGAGGGGUGGGGUCCCUCCGUCUGGGGCACUGGCACCCACAGCAGGACUCCGCCAGUCUGAUGCCAGGACUGAAUAAAGUGUAUUUGCCCCGACCUUGCCCUGUGGUUCUGCAUGUCUAUGCUUUUCCUCAACCCUCCCAAAACAAUUUGCCAGAUUCAAGUCCCUGUGAUUUGAGCCCCAACUGGGUGUCCUAGGGCAAGCCACCUGGCCUGUCUAGGCCUCUAUCUCAGGACUCCCUUGCCUUCUUGAAGAAUAGCAAACUCACCCCUGAAAGGACCAGGCAGGUAACAUAAACGAGUGACUCUGGGUGGACACUGGUGUCAUGACCCACUUCAAGGGGCCCACCUCCUGCCAGUUGUGACCUUGUGGGGAUGAAGUCCACAGUGGCCAGGUGGCCAGGCUUAAAGAGAAGCUGGAUGGAUGUUUCCGAGUCAUCUUAAUUUCAAAAGGAAAGCUGAUUCAUAUUUUUAAAUCUCUGUGAGCCAAAUGAAACAAGUAUGCAGGCAGGUCUGGUCGGAGGGGGCUGGCUUGACCAUGCCUUACCAUGCCUUUAAUCAGGAUUAAGCAGCAAGAUUGGGCCAAACUGGACUCAAAGCCCAGCUCCACCACUGAGCACCCGUGUGACUUUGAUUGAGCAAAUUAAGUCCCAAUUCUCCUUUCCAUAUGUGUAACAUGGAGCUAAUAAUAGUGGCUGCUUCCCAGGGUGAGGUGAAAUUUGAGGUGAGAAGCAUUCAACAUGGUGGCCACAAAUCAUGUUACUCCAUUGUCAGAGAAGGAGACAGGGUCAGGUGGGGAAGCAACUCACAGGAGGGGCUGCAAGCAGCCAGGGUCAGAGACAGGGCUUGGUUCUGCCUCCUGGUGAAGCAUGGCUUCGGGUUGCUGCCUCUCCCUCCCUGUUUGAAUCUGCAGAUGGUGUUAAGCCCCCAGCUCAGGGCCUGGAGUGGUGGGAUUGGUCCCAGUGCCUGGCACACAUUGGUCUGCAGAGUAGAUUUACUGAAAGACCAAAGAGCAACAGAAGCACAGUGAUUCCUGUCUUUGAGGCUCUGACCAGUGUUUUACAACUGAGACCAAGGCUUUUCCCUCCUUUGUCCCUCUGACACCGCCGCCCCCCCCCCCAUUCUUCAUCUGUCACAUCCAGUGCAUUCCUAAGCUGGGACAAAGCCUCUGUUUUCCCAGUAAGCCAGGGCCGAGUGUGGAAAUUACAGUGACUGCUUCCUCUCAGCCUUUUGGGUUGAAAGCAAGCUAG